UAAUGAUUGCUGGGAGACAGUUCUGACAGUUUUUUGACAGCUAUUACAUACUGAUAUUGUUACCUGGAUUUAUGUCUCAUAUUUUUUAGUCAAUUCAUAAAAUCAGUCAUUCUCUAAAAAGUGUCAACCUUGUCGUGUUUAAUGACACAGAAUAACUGGACUUUACAUCAGUUCUACCUAAAAGACGACAUUUGAAGGCAAGUGGAGGAGGGUUCAUCUUGAUGAGAAUAUUGACUUUAAAGGGUGACUUUUUCAAGUUUUAGAUGAGUCAACAAAAACUUAUCUUUAUCCUACUGCAAUACGUAUUGCUUUGUUCAUCAGUAUACUGCUCCCUUACAUUAGAUGACCACAGCAUAGAAUCAGAAGGUUUACUGCCAGCUUACAACAUAGUCAGUAACCGUGAUGUCGUAGAAGGCAGUGGAGAUGCUGGGGCCGCUCUACCAGAAAACGUUCGUCUAACAGCAGACAAAUGUGACUGCUCAAAUAUAAACACAACACCUGACUCGAGGGUUUUCUACAAUAGUCCCGAACCACUAGUUGUUACAUCGACCCCAUCUGUUGUAGUAGCUAUAAUAGUGAUACUAUCAAUCCUCUUGCUGAUCUGUAUCAGUGCUAUCGCCUAUCUACUAGGUAAAGUUAAAUAUCUUAACAUGAGACAGAGGGCACCAGCGCCGAACAAAACCAAAGAAGAUUACGACUCAGAUGAAUACUCAGUGAUGAUGGAUUGGUCGAAUGAACCGAGUAUAGUGAUCAACCAAAAGAAAAAUAAGAAAAGAGAAAUAUGAAAAGACUCUACUCAUCUAAGUAAGAGGAAAUGAACAAGAUCGAAGAAGUCAACAUCCGUAAUGAGUCAAAUGUUUAAUAGUAACGAAAAUGAUUUACGGACAUGAAGACACAUUCAUUAUUUGAACAUUGUAAAAUAUUUUAGUAUUUUGAUGUUAACACAAAUUAUAGUGACCUAUUUGUACUGAUAGUUGUGAAUAUGAGUGUUGUGCUUGAUAAAGUACAUAAAAAGAACAAGAGACCUUUAUUAUUUUUUUCUUCAUUUUACACCUAUUAAAUGUAAGUUUGAUUAAAAAGCGUCAUCGUUAGAACCUAUAAAUGCAAUCAUUCUAUAAAAACGUAAUAGUUCUUUUAUAUUCAAUUUUAUUUUUUCGCAAUCAUUUACCAUAAAUGAAAAAUCACUGUAUAAAAUUUAUUUAAGUAAUUAGUCUUUAUACUGUGUUAACACUCACCUAUAUUUUUAUUGGAACAAAUUCUGCAUUCUUGUAACUUGAUAUGUAUACCAUUCUUUUGUACUCUGUUUACUAGUUGUGGCUUUAAUGUAUUUUUGCUGGUAACCCAAAUAAACAUAUAGAACCCGUACAAUGUGUAUAUUGUUCUAUAAUGUUUCAUAAUAAUGUUACAAUAUAAACACGAUCAGUUUACAUAUUACUUUCAAUUUAAUUAAUAAACAUUUAACCUUUUAAAAUGAAGACAAUAUGAAUUGAUAUCUAUGGUUCAAUA